UUUUCAGCCUCAAAGUGAAAUUGUGUGUUUGUGCAUAGAAAAAAAAGAAAAUUUACUUAUCAAUAUGAAUCAAUCCCAGAAUAUCAGCCACCAAGCCGGCCAGGCCAAGGGCCAGGCUGAGGAGAAGGCUAGUGGCAUGAUGGACCAGAUGAGCAAUGCUGCCCAAUCUGCCAAGGAAUCAUGCCAAGGGGCUGGUCAGCAGAUGAAGGACAAGGCACAGGGAGCAGCUGAUUCUGUCAAGGAUGCAGUUGGAGCCAACAAAAAUUAAGCUGAUCUCAUCUAAAACUAGUUUUGGUGUUCCUGUUUUCUGUUUUUGUUUGGUUGAUCUUUCUUGACUUGUCAUUUGGAGCAAGAACAAAGUCUGAUCAUGUAAUCACUUCAGAGAACAUUAAGCUAAUAAUUUCGUUGAUUUU